AUCUCCUUCCUGUGAUGUGAGAAGAGGGCAAAUCCCUACACCGAAGAAAUUUUGUUUAAUUUCCAAAAAUCUAGCUCACUCAAACCAAAGUGAAACCCUAGCAAGCAAAGCUAAUUAAGGUAGAUGGGAAGGGGAAAGAUUAUAAUCCAAAGGAUCGAUAAGUCAUCGAGCAGGCAAGUCACUUUCUCUAAGAGAAGGAAUGGAUUGUUGAAGAAAGCUAAGGAGUUAGCCAUCUUAUGUGAUGCACAAGUUGGAUUGAUUAUUUUCUCCAGCACUGAAAAACUCUAUGAAUUUUCUAACACUAGUAUGGAAUCCAUUGUUGAACGAUACAAUAAAACUAAAGAAGGAUAUCAACAAUUGCACAACCCAAUAACAGAACUGAAGCUAUGGCAGGAAGAGACAGCAAUUUUGCGGCAACAAUUACAUGAAGUGCAACAAACUCAUAGACAAUUCAUGGGAGAACAGCUCUCUGGUUUAACUAUUAAGGACCUGCAAAAUCUGGAAAGUCGACUAGAAACAAGCUUAAGGGGCAUCCGUGUGAAAAAGGAGCAAGUAUUACUUAACGAGAUUCAAGAGCUAUCUUGGAAGGGGAGUCUAAUGCAUCAAGAAAAUUUGGAACUCUUCCAAAAGAGAAUUUCUCAGGCUUAUGGUACAAGGGAUGCAAAUGCAUUGAAUGGAAACGUCAGUACUCCGUAUUACUUCACAAUUAGUAGGGAAGUGAACGCUCCCAUCCAUCUCCAGUUAAGCCAGCCUGAGCUAUACAAUUUCGAGACUCCUUAAACAGUAUCUAACUCUAGGUAAAAGCCAGUGCCGAAAAUAAAGGAAGGUAAAUGACUGGUAAGUUUGAAGAACGUAUUCAGCAAUAUAAAAGAAAAGGCCAACAAAUUAAAUUAAAGGCUAUAUGAUUGUUCUCAUGACUCAUGUAGUAACAAAGUGAGCUCAUAUUAUGAUGUGUACUACUGUAUAUCUUACGCAUAAUGGGAUCAUACAUUAUCUAUUAGUUAUGAAUUUGUGACAGGAGUUAGAGAAGGAUUAUAUAUGUGACAGAAAGUUAAUCAAAUACACAAACUUGAAAUGAAUA